AUGACCUCGCCCUUGGACCAGCUCGUCAAGGGCGCUCCGCCCGGCGCCCGCGCUCCCACGCCGGAGCCGGCGAAUCCCACCCCAGCACCAACAUCGGACUCUUCGUCCGCGCCACGGCCCUCGACGCCAGAUCCCUUGGCCACACUGCCUUCCUCUCCGCCACAAAUUUACCUGAAUCUGCUGAUCAUGGAAGCAUCGCUGCGCGCACAAUACCUGGCUCUGCGCGAGCGCCGCCGCCAAAAUACGUUCUUCCUGCUGCUCCUUGCCGCUUGGAUCGCCUACUUUGCAUAUGCAUUGUUCCUGCGUCCUCGAGAGGAUGGGCGCGGUGUUGGUGGCUCAGUAUACUGGGUGAUUGAAAUGGGGGAGAAAGUCGCCCUACUUGGUGGGGUAGUGACAGCGCUGCUUGUCUGGGGAACAGGACAAUGGGAGCGCGGUAUCCGCUGGCCACGACGAUGGCUCGCCGUGGCCAACCGUGGCCUUCGCACGAUGAACACCAAAAUCAUCGUGAUCCGUGGACCCUGGUGGCAAGAAUUGCUAUCCUAUGUCUCCUUCCUGUUCCCUUUCUCCGCCCCAUUCUUCCCCUCCCCAUCAGGCAACUUCCAUCUCGUCGAGCGUCACCCCUCCGAUAAGCAGCGUAGUCGGCAGCACUACCCGCAGUACUACAAUGGCGACAGCGAGUCCGGCCUGGUGGAGGAAGACCUCAGUUCUGGGGGCGACUAUAUUCGGCUGCUUCUGCUACCCAAAUCGUUCUCCCCCGAGUUUCGCGAGAAUUGGGACGACUACCGCACUGACUUCUGGGAAAAGGAGAACGAGCGCCGAACUCAGAUGCGUCACAAACUGCGCGAGCGUGAGCGCCAGCUUGCCCAGGCUGAAGGCGGUUGGCUUUGGCGUUUCGGGCUGGGCUGGCGCGCCUCGCAGCGCCGCCGCCUGGUCUCAGCCACACUCCACAAACCUCUCGAAUCCGAGCCCAGAUUCCGGUCUCAUGCUCAAAAUCAAUCUCACGCCCCGUCCAUCUCCUCGAAGCUCAACCAGGAGUACCGCGCGACUUCUGUCCGCCGCGAUACUCGUUCCGACUCAUCCCACUCUCGCACAUCCUCACUCAGCAGCACUCCAGUCGAUGUCGAGGACCGUCCUCCAUCCCGAUCCUCUGCCUCUGGCCGUCCCCGCCGCGGAAGCACCACACCAUCGAUUUCGGGCGCGGAAAGUAGUCCCCAACAGCGGAAGCGCAAGGGCUCCAAAUCACUGCGUCGCGGCUUGUCGCCUCUAACACAGGCACAAAUCCGCGAGGGUGUCCGUACCCCAUCCUUUUCGUCGGACGAUUCCGGUAUUUUGCCAAUGGGCGAGAAAGAGAAGGAUUUUUUACCCACUUCCGUACCUGAUCCGAGUCCCUCAGUUUAG